GCCAUUGCCGACAAGGACUUCGAACGCGCCGCGGCGGUGGUGCAAUGGAGCGGCGGCGGUGGGAGCGGACGCGGAGUCACGUUGCAGGCUCAGAUUCACGAUCAGUCGAAGGCUGCCCCCAUCCAGGAGAAGUUAAUCAUGCGGCAGCUCCUGGACACAGUCAGGACGACUGAUGUUAACAAGCCCAAGUCACUCGACAUGAUGAUGAAAACGCUCCAGGCGCUCACUGCGCCCGUGGCGAUCAUCGAGAACGUCGAGGAGACCGUGACAUUCAAGCCCCAGUUGGACCAGAUGGCAAAGGUAAUGGGAUGCAUGCCUCAUAUCACGGACUCGCUCCCAGCCGAGGAGAAGGCGCGGGCUUUGACAGAGGGAGCGGCUGCGAAGACCAAGAUCAACGAGGAUCGCAACCACAGGUUCCAUAAGAUCUGCUUCUUUCUGCCCGCCGGGCGGCACAUCGCGGCCAAGAUUGACGAGCUUGUGUUGCAGUCCAAGCAAGACCUCAAGUGCCCGCAGAACCUUGACAAGCCGGCGUCGUCGAUCUCCACUGUGCCAGUAUUCGCGCCGAAGACUGACGCUGAUCUCCGCGGCCCUAUCGUAAUCGACAACCGCAAAAAUCUCAAGACUUUCUGCAUCAAUGCGCUGGAGCUCGAUGGGAAGCUUUCCGAAGGCUACAAGCAGCUCAAUGCGAGCAAGAUGAAGCAGGUCUUCGACCAUAGAGACGCCAUCGUCAACUCCAUCGUUGCGCACUGCAGGCAUCGCCAGAAGGUCGCCCUAGAGGACGCGGUUACACGCGUGAACCAAGUCUUGAAACUCACGGACGGGCUCAGCGGCAACGUCGACGGCGAGUUUUUGACCAAGAUCUCCGAGAGCUUCGACAAGGCGCUCACGGAGUUCGGGUCGAUGAAGCAGCUCGGCAUCAACGACAUUGCCGGCGUGGAUAAGGCCAAGGAGGUCGACGAGCUUUUUCAGUCGGGGAAGGUGGCCGCGCAGCAUCUGAAGGAGCUGAUCCCCGCCAUCGCCGAGGUCUCCAAGAAGAAGAAGACGGGCCUUGAUGUCAGGACGGCCCAGGUCAAGGGUCUGGCGGACUACUUUGCGCAGCUCGGGCCCAGAGCCGCGCGCGUCGCAAGUUGGGCUGGGGAAGAGGUUGCCAAGUUCGAGGGUUGGAUGAGGACUGAGGUCACGAAAGCUCUCUCCACGAAGGUCGUGCAGACGACCGCGCCCUUCCAGAGGUGGGAGUUAGGAUUUAGGGGCAUUGAAACAAUCUGCCCCUCUAGUUUCGCUAAGCUGGUGGCCGAGUGGCUCGACAAGGCGCCCGAGCAGACUGAGGGUCAGCCAGAGGCAGUUCUUGAUCCAGAACUGGCCCUACAUGAGGGAACGACUACUUUCUUGAAGGUGAUCUUUCUGAAGGAGAAGGUUGGCGAGGUUACCGAGUUGGCGAGCCUCGCCCGCUUGGGCGUUUACUUCGACAAGUUCGCCAAAUGGCUCGGCGUGGGUUUCGUAUGCAACACCUCGCCCACUGCGCUCCGUGCAGGCCUGCUCAUCUUGACCCAGCCGAUCUUGCACGUGGGGCAACGCGUGGUGAAGAGCGAUGAUGUGGCUAAAACCUUUAACAACGCAGAGUUGAGUUCAAAGGGUGAUGUGCAUAUCAAAACGAUGCAGGACAUCCACUCCAGCGUUCAGUUCGUUGCCCUCGCGGAGAAGAUGGUCAACUCGAUGAAGUCUGCUGAGGGCCUGGGGCCCAGGGCUCUUGAGCGGGCGGUGUCCAUCCUCAAGGCAAGCCGCGAUCGUUUCGACGCCGCAGCCACGGCGGUCCUCGACUCGGGCGUUGCGGCCGGCGCCAGCCUGAUUACGGAUUUCCAGAAGCUGAUGGCGGGUGAAAAACUGACUAAACUGACUUCCCUCUGCAACGAGGGCGACUACACGACCGACCGCAUCAACAAUAUCAUGGAUUUGGUCAAGAGCGAGGAAGCUGUGGAGUACUACAGAACGUUCAAGAAGUCCCAGAAGGCCAAGACUUGCCUGGAAAACAUUCGCAAGACUGCCAUCACCAUCAAGGACACGAUGAACAUCGAGAUUGCCGUUGCCAAGCUGGACGCUUGCAUCGGGACUUACACGGGCGAUGAGUACGCGAGCUAUCAUAACGUGAUGGGCAUUCUGCUUUGCUCGCAGACGAUCUGGAGGGACCUUCAGCCCGGCGAGUCCCGCGACGCCAUGGCCGAGCAGUGCCUUAAGACCGUCGAGGAUCUCACGAUCCCGGCCCCGCUGGGGAUCGCGCUGAAGCAGCUCAGCACCAAGGAGAAG